AUGAACCAUGAAGGCGGGGAUGAAACGGAGGAAGAAAUUCCACUCGAGAUUGAGGACUACUCAUGCAACACACACUUUGAAAGAGUCGUUGGGGAGAUUGAACGGUACCUCGUUGAGGAGUUUAGUGCACGGCAGGAGCUGCAGCGGUUCCUGGUGAAUCCACUGCAUCCUCCGCACUCCUGCAGGGACAAUAGAGGCACGGACUCUGCGCAUGCGGCAAAAGGCCGGCGCGGCAGCAUUGAUGGGGAGAUGGUGUUUGGGCGCAGUUUUUUCAUGCUUCCAGAAGGCGGCGGCGGCGGCCAGCAGGAGGGCGUGGCAACGGAUGAGGGCAUUGCUGUGGAGAUCCAUGCGCAAAGCGGCCUCCAGGAUGGGCAGCGGCAGCGGGAACUACACCCAAUAACCCGUUUUUUUGCGCUUCCAAUAUUUUUCCUGGCGCGGGGCACCACGAUGGUGUCAUCGUGCCGCCCCAGUGAGUCGUCGUUUUACCUCUCACUUCUCACAACGGCGGUGGGCCGCGCGUUGCGUGGACCCCUUUCCUUGCGCUUUGAUGGUGAUCCAUCGUGCCUCCCGUCGCCGUUCUUUUACGUCGACGGGAUGGCGCCAUGCUUUGUUGCUGUGGGCGACAAAUACCAGUUAGCCUUCAAGGGGGUGGCGCCGCCGGUCGUUGUGGGUGCCGUAGCGCGCCGGCAAACAGAGCCUUGGACGCUGCUGCAGCUCGUUGCCCAGCCUGUGGUGAGGUGUCGAUUUCACUGCAGCGCCUACCCGCAGCCGCCGGAGUGGUGCCGCCGCGUCUCGGACCUGCUUGACAUGUUUCAGCUUCAGAUUGGACCACAGAGUCGCCUUCAGACAGAGGUGUUUGACGGUAUUUGCGUGUCUUUGCAACGAGCGUUUCGCUUGAGUGUGCCUCGGCGCUUUUGGGUGAAUGAUUAUGCCCAGACGGGACCCGCCGCCCAUGCAUGUGCCAACGCGCCAGCCCCCACCUUGUUGUGGAAUGAUGUUCUGGAGCUUGAGAAUGCAACCAUGGUUCUCUCUGCAGGGCCAAUGACGUUCCCCUUUGGCACCGGCACUCCCCCCUUACGUGGCAUUGACUUUUGCUUUCAGUGGAACCAGCUACUCGACACCGAGGUGCACGACGAUGGGGGGUGGAGCUCCAAUCUUGGCCCCUUUGCCCCGGAGGGGAUGCUGUUGCAGGGCAAGUUGGUCAUCCACGCCGUGGCGAUCCCCAAGAAGGAGUGUGAGUUAAACCACACUGCAUGCAAAGGUCUUUCGGAGUACGUGUAUCGCGUGAUGGAGCAUCUUUUAGCAGACGAGGAAGUGCAAGAGGAGCAGCGCUGCUCGGAUGAUCUUUCCAACGUGGUACAUGACAUUCUCUUUGGCCACACAAUAGACCCAACAAAGCAGCAGGCACUUGUGGAGCGCCUGGCGACGCACGCGGCACCCAGCCAGGUGGUCAAGAUGGACAUUCGUCGUGUUUACUUUCCUGGAUCCUUCCUUUGCCGUUUUGCGCACGCGUGUGUCAAUCGAGUGCACAGUUUGGAUGAUGUUCUUCCCCUAUGGCUGUUGGCUGUGGAGCAGCUCGGAAGCCUACUUGAAGGCAAGGGCGAUAGACGGCACUCCCUACUGGAACUCAUUCGCGCCCUUGGCCUUCCAGAUGUGGAGGAGAUUGAUCAUGGACUGCCAUUAGUGGUUCAGAAACUGCAGCUCCUGUCCUAUUGUGCGAGGCGCAUGUUGGGUGACACUUCACCCGCCGUGGCCGGACAACCCGUUGAUGGCUGGGAUGACGACAUGGGGGAGUUAGUUUCAGAUCACAACGCGGGCGAGGCUCUUGCAGCCGAGGGCGAGCUUUCACUGAAGGGAUUUGUUGUCUCUGGGAAACGCCUUAUCACCAAUGGCGAGCCCUUGCUGGAGCCAAAGACACUUCCCACCCCUCCCUGCACUUCGGAUGUGAUACUGAUGAAGGCAAAGGAGCUGCAGACUCUCGGCACAGCGUCCGCAGGGCGGCACACUCGUGCGUGGAUGCAGAGUGAAGGGUUGUUUAAUGACAUGUGUGCGUUCCUCUAUUUUAACAGGGCCCAUGAGGGGCGUGUGGUGCGUUUUCCGGAUUUUGUUCAGUGGCACAGCCCCCGUGACUUUAUUCCGCCCUCCUCCGACGCAGUGGCGACAGAUGACGAUGCCUACUUGUCAGAGCGGAUGCGGCGCCACUCUGACACUGAGAACGCGUGGGUGAAGAAUAUAUGGUGGCCACUGUGGGAGAAGGCUACACCGCGCUCUCCGGAGGAAAUUAUGGCCCAGUCGUUCGUUCCCCACGAGCAGGCGCGGCUUGUUAUUCGAUGGAUGGAGCGGGACCUUUCCGCUGCGCGUCUCCUCCUUGAGACGGUGCACGCCAACUUUACGAAUUCGCUGCAUCGUAUCCUCUCACAUCGCUGUGUGGAGGACAAUCAGGCCAUCGCGGCAUAUGCGCAAAGCAAGAACGACGCCAUCGCGAGACACCUUAAAGAUGCGAUGCGCUGGGACGACGACCCCCGGCUGGACAGCGAGGGCCUUCGCACCACCUACGGCACUGCAAUUCGUGAGAUUGGGGAAAUCGAAACGUGUCUGUGCGCUGCUUUGGCGACGGAGCGUAUGCUGGGUGCGUUCCACAAGACUAGCAGCGCACCACCGCCGCCUGCUGGUGAGCCAUGCACCUCCGUGGAGCAACUCGUCGCGACGCUUGCCUCUCCGCUGGCGAUGGAGGCGGAUCCUACGGAACUCGCCUUGAGGGCAGCAUCCAUGAACUGGGAUGUAUGGCACCGCAGCGGCAUCGCACAACGCUUUACUGCGGACGAUCAGAAUCCUGUGACAACGCGGCUUCGUGCGACGUGCAUGGCGGAGCGGCCACUCAAUACCACAGCAUGCUUCCAACAAAUGUUUGCGGAAACAGACGAAACGGGCGCCUUUCGCGUGGCACUGGCGCUGGCUGAGGAGGUUCUGUGA